GCCCCGCAGUGACCCCCAGCCCCCCCAGAUGCGGUUCAUGCUGCUGUUCAGCCGCCAAGGGAAGCUGAGGCUGCAGAAGUGGUACCUGGCCACGGCCGACAAGGACAAGAAGAAGAUGGUGCGGGAGCUGAUGCAGGUGGUGCUGGCCAGGAAGCCCAAGAUGUGCAGCUUCCUGGAGUGGAGGGACCUCAAGGUGGUCUACAAGAGGUACGCCAGCCUCUACUUCUGCUGCGCCAUCGAGGGCCAGGACAACGAGCUGAUCACGCUGGAGCUCAUCCACCGCUACGUGGAGCUGCUGGACAAGUACUUCGGCAGCGUGUGUGAGCUGGACAUCAUCUUCAACUUCGAGAAGGCCUACUUCAUCCUGGACGAGUUCGUGAUGGGCGGCGAGAUCCAGGACACCUCCAAGAAGAGCGUCCUGAAGGCCAUCGAGCAGGCCGACCUGCUGCAGGAGGAGGACGAAUCCCCCCGGAGCGUCCUGGAGGAAAUGGGGCUGGCGUAGCCCCCCCCCCCCCAAUUUUGAGGACCCCCACCCCAAUUUUGGGGACCCCCCCCCCAAUUUUGGGGACCCCCACCCCAAUUUUGGGGACCCCCUGGGACCAAUCCCAGCCUGGAGAAGAACGGGGUGGGGGAGGGGAGGGGGACACCCCCCCAUGGCCCCCCCAAAUUGUAAAUAUAUCUAUAAGGGGGGGGGGCCCUAAUUUUGGGGAGGGGUCCCCCAAUUUUUUUUUUGUCCCCAAUUUGGGGGGUCCCCAAAAUUUCCCACAAAUUCCCACCUGGUUUUUUUUUGGGGGGGGGGGGAGGGGUUCCUUUAAAGGUUCCCCCCCCCCUCCCAAAAAUAAAUUUUUUGGGGACCCCCCCCCUCAAAUUUUUAGGGACCCCCCCCCCCUCAAUUAUGGGACCGUGGAGACCCCACCCCAAAAAAAACCAAAAAAAAAAAAAAAAGAAAAAAAAUUUGGAAUAAAAUCGUGGAGACUCCGA